CUCGCCUGUUGUCCAGGCUUGUCCUGCUCGCCCACUGUCAUCCCUCUUACUUGUUGUCCCUCUCAAUGAACGUGACGCGUUACACACUGACCCUCUCGCGCGUCAUAUCCAUUACACCCGGAUGACAGCCGUGGAUGACCCCCGCCCUCGCCUUUCUCCUCUCUCUCGUCCGCCUCCCUCUCCCCGAGGCCUGCAUGAGCCUGUGCAAGUCCGAAGCCACACGCAGGAAUCCGCGCUACACCAUCCUCGAGGAUGGGCUCUUCCGCCUCACGCUCACCGGCAACCACCAAUGCGCGAGCUCACACGGGAACGAUCUCACCCGCGCGAGUCUGGAUCCGAGACGAUCCGAUGCCCUCUCGCCGCGCAGCACGCCUGACUACUCUGCGUCGACCUUUGCGGGACGUCUCGGGCCACACCGCCGCACAUCAGUAUGACAAAUGGGAGCCCACUGCACGCGAGCACAACGAGGGAUGCGCCCAACAACCCCAAGAAGG